GCAGUGUACGGAAAGCUCAACUAUACUGCUCAAAGCUUCAUAAACACUGGAUUUAUAGUGCUAGUGUACAGCUAGCGGAUAUAGUUAAAGACUAGGCAAGGUCUAAAUCUAUUUUGCCAUUGAAACUGGGAUCCUGACUCUGAACAAUGUCUAAUCCCGAGGAAGGUUUCAUCUGCCCGCUAUGUCUGGUCGGGUUCAGUAGCAGCAACAAAUUGUCGGGGCACUUCAUAGAGAUGCAUUCAGAGAGCUACCCGUCACACGGACGAACAGGAGAAGAGAUAUCUGAGAUCCCUGUUCCCAAUCGUGAAGGACACAGAUUCAGGAUGGUCAACCACGCUCGACCUAAAACCUGUGAUUCGUGUGAGGAGAUAAUCUGGCAAGACUCCAUUGUGUGUGACUCGUGUGGCGUGACCCUGCACACUGAUCGCUGCGAGGACGAGUACAACCAUCCAUGUGUGACCGUCCCUGACACAAAUGAGACGGAGGAUGCAUUUGAUGAGGAGCCUCGUGGCAGUAUCCCCGCCCCCGCCCCUCCCUCCCGGGGGAUCCUGCCCUACGUGCGGAGGAAAGUGGCAAAAGAGAAACCUGUUGUGCCUUCAAAAUCGGAGUAUCCAAAGACUAUCAACAUCACAGGUAGAGACCGCUACGUCAACGAUGAGUUCGAUUUGGACCUCACGUAUAUCACAGAGAGGAUUAUUGCCAUGUCCUUCCCGGCCACUGGUAUGGAGAAGGCUUACAGGAACAACCUCCAUGACGUGGCCAAGAUGCUCAAGACCAAACACGAAGAAAACUACAUGAUCUUCAAUUUGUCAGAACGGAGCUAUGACAUCACCAACUUCAACAACCAGGUGCUGGACUUCGGCUGGCCCGACCACCUGGCACCCUCCCUGGAGAGGUUGAGCAGUGUAUGCAAGUCCAUGAAAUCGUGGUUGGAUUCUGACCCGCUACACGUUGCUGUGGUCCACUGUAAAGGGGGCAAAGGUCGCACUGGUUGCGUAAUUGCAGCGUUCAUGCACUACUCGGAAAUCUGCCAUAGUGCUGAGGCUGCCCUGGAUCGGUUCGCCAUGAAGAGGUUCUAUGAUAGCAAGUGUGGGGGAGUGACCCAACCCUCCCAGAGGAAGUACGUUCACUACUUUGCUGACCUACUAGCCGGGAAGAUCGACCUCCAAUCACCGCCCGUGACCCUCCAGCAUCUCAUCAUCCACGGUAUACCCAACUUUGACGGCAAGGGAGGGUUUCGACCGUUCCUCAAGAUCUACGACAACAUGGACCUCGUUUACACCUCUGGACUAUAUCUUUGCCAGGCAGACAAGGAGAGAGUGAAGAUAUCCAUAUACGGAGGACUGAGUCUAAAAGGAGAAGUCUUGAUCAAAUGCUUCCACAAAAAGUCCCACGGAAUGGAGAUAAUCUUUCGCUGUCAGUUCCACUCGGCAGUAGUGGGAGAGAACCUCCGGAUGGUGUACAGCAAGGCAGAUCUGGACGAUGCUUUCAAAGACAAGAGAUUUGAUGAUAGUACCCGGGUGGAGCUCAUCUUCGACAAUGCAGAGGACCAGUAUCCUGAUGAUGUGCCAUUUGCUGAUGUCCGUUCCUCUCUUCUUGACGGCAAACAGCUGACAGUCAACAAUGGGACGGCGACCAAUGGGAACAUUGGGUUGGACGAUGACGUGUUGGCAAAGAGGAACUCGUACGCUUCGUUCAGAGGAGGCUAUGACAGCGGGAUGCCGGGAGACGACCCGCCCAACCUUAUGGAUUUGGAGUCUCCAAAGAUAAAGUACCCCCAACUUCGUCGUGAGAGGGCAGAGAGUGAAAUCAGUGCUCAAAUGGACCCCGACGAUAUAGACCAUUUCACACAUCCCCAAUCUUCAGAGUUAUACACAGUCGUCCAAAAAUCAGUCAAAGACAAGACAAAACGAGAUGAAGUAAUUGCUCAACCAGAAGAAAAGCCACCUCCUCCACCAAAGAAAAUCCUAAAGCCACACAAAGCUACUUCGAAUGACUCUCUUUUCAGUCUUCUCGAUAGAAGUGAUAGAAGAAUUCCUGACUCGUCUCCAUCCACUCCAAACCUAGGGGUUGUGAAGACAGUCAAGCCACCCAGACCCCCACCCCCCUCUGGGGAGCGUAAAGCCGGCAGCCAGUUGGUCCAUCGUCCUCUACCCAGGAUACCCCCUUCAAGAUCCCUGGACUCUCAAACACCCACUGAUGAAGACUAUGCCGAGAUAGACGAUGACACACCCACCACCCUCGCAACUGAGGGGACAGAUGGUCCGGGGCUUUCCAAAACCAAACCAACCAAAUCGUCCCCUGACCACACCCCUGUCAUAAAGCCACGCCCACAACGGCCCACCCCUCGUACUAAACCGGUGUUUAAACCCAAACCAACAGACGAUAAAAUUGGCUCUGUGCACGAAGAACUGCAGAAACAAAUACUAAAACAGCAUCUUCAACGAAAGCGUGAGAGUGCCAAUUUAGAAUCAAGAGGGGGGGCUACAAAGACAAAAAAGAUAACCAAGCCCUCGGAAACGCCAUCAAAAGCGGAAAAGAAAACAGCAAAACCUUCAGCCCACCCUCUAAGUGUCUUAAAACACCAACCAUCGUAUGAUGAGAUUCCGCUCAAUCAAGAAAUCUCAGUUGAGCAUUUGCCUAACAGACAGUCCGCUGUGGACAAUGACAUGUGGGCUAAAGUGAAGUUCCCUGAUGUUCCUGUUCCACUCAACUCUGACAGUAUCGGGCGUCGGUCUUCAAGUUCUGGGAAUCUGACCAUGACGAGUAAUUCUGGUUCUGAUUUCUAUUCUAACCUGGCGGACCUGGACAUAACCCCCGGAGCAGAGGGUACCAGUGAAGAGAGGGAGAGGGCCGAGUCUAUUCAGAGGAGCAGGUCGUUCUCGAAUCAUGAGAGGGUCUUUAUCAAGGCUACCAAUGCUAACAGAGACUCUAUAAUUCCCCUGAGCCCAAUGGCCAUCGAUGAACCAGAGUACACAAACCUCGGGUAUGCACCCGACGGCAGUUUGAUUGAUACCACCGUGGAACCCCCACCGCCCACACAUCCUGGUGAGGCUGUGGAGGUGUUACCCCCGGAGGAGUUGAAGGCUCGUAAACAGAUACUCGCUAACUUAUUGAGGACUCGUCAGUACGAAAACACGGAACUGGACAAGGGGGAGGCGACAAUACCUCAUGACCCAGCGUCUGAGGAGGACUACAUCAACCAACUGCCCGAGGGCAUCUUCCAUAUCUACUCCAACCAAGACGAGUUACUUGAGCAGCUGCGUACGGCCCACCAGCCAGUGGACGAGGCUACAGGCCCCUCCUCAGAGGACACACCCAUCAUUGAGGCCCCGCCCCAGCGAUCCAGGCUAGGAUCAGGGGCUUCCUUUCUCAAGUUUUUGCGAUCACUUAAUCUGACCAAGCCCAAGCAACACACGAUUCACUCGGCCACGGUCAGCAAUGAAGAGAGGGUGAAGACACUCGCUCCAUUCGAGAUAUCGGGGAUUUCAAUUGGACAUGUAAAUCGUGAUUACGAGGCUUUCCUGCGUACAAGUGCGUGGGGGAGUGUCCCUGAGGGGGGGAAGACAGAGUUGCAGGGGACGGGUGGUGAAGCAGCUCAUCACAGAGGAAAUAACGGAAAUGAUCACCAAGAGCCGUCAGCUCGAGCCCCUCCCCCUAAACCGGAACGACCCAAGAAUCUAGCACCACCACCUGGAGGAGGAGGGGACACCAAGGACACUCCCUCUAGUCCUAUACAGCCGAGGAAGUAUCGCAGACCAGCCCACCAAACCUCCAGAGAGAACAUUGUAUCACCAGAGGCGAAGCCAAUCACUCAACCGUCUGCUCCGCCCAAACGACACCCUCCCCUCGCCAAGAAGCCAUCAGCCCCUCAUCUUGCCCACUCAGACCAGUCGCGCCCACAUACGAAAUUGCAAGCAGCCAAUUCAGACGCUAUGAUUGCACCAAGAGUCAAAGAUCUUGUAAAGAAUCAACACAGACACUCGGAAGUUCCUGUAAUGCCUCCGGCAAGAGUUACAGAUCACCACGGUAACCAUCGAUCACGUCCACUUCCGAAUAAACCUGUUCCGUACCAUGAUCGAGAACGUUCCCACCAGCUAAAGCCUUCGGAAUCGACAGUGAAAUCGCUCAUGCCGUAUUGGUAUAGGCCUACGUGGAGUAGAGAGGAAGCUAUAGACUAUGUGCGACCGCUGGAACCUGGUGCAUUCAUCGUGAGGGAUAGUCAGACGGUGCAGGGUGGCUACGCUCUCACUUUGAAACUGUCGGAGGAUCACGUGAGACGGAGAAAGAAGCUUGCCGAUGACAUGGCUAUCACUGAGGAGAUGAUGGUGACCCACUUCCUCAUCCAACCCGACCCAGAGGGAGUCAAACUGCAAGGCUGGAAUGAGAGAGCUUUCAAGUCCCUCCCUGAGUUCAUAGCCCAUCACACAACGGAAAAGCUGUGUAUGCCUUGUCGACUGGUGCUCCCCCGAGGCUCCACCCCUUCCUCUGCCCAGCCCGCCUCCCGGAGAAGACCAGCUGGCGUACAACAAGCUUUGCAGACUGGAGCAGCUUGCAACCUUGUGUACCUGGGAAGUGUUGACUUACCUGACCCUGGUGACGAGCAGACGGUAGCAUACUCAGUGGAACAGCUGCGCAGCAUGGACUCUCUGAGUAUGAACAUAGUGACCUUCAAAGCAUCGAGGGACGGAGUGACUCUCACUGACAAUAUCAAUGGGAUGUACAUUAGACGGCAGUACCCUAUCAGCUCCAUCUCCUAUUGUGGCCUCGACCCCAAUAAUUACAGAUGGAACUUGCCCGGUAUUCAACAUGCAGGGGAGGUCUUGUCAUUGAAAGAUAAGCCGUGCUUUGGUAUUGUCUAUCACCCACAAGACGCUUUUGGCCACUCAUGUCUGGUGUUUUCCGAGUUUGACUCAUCGCAACCUGUUACAUCGGUCGUGAACUUCGUCCAAAAGGUCAUGAAAGAACACAAACUAGCUGGUAGACACGCUCAGAAAUAAUCAAGUCUUGUGUAUUAAUAUUUUUGUUGUUGCAUGCAGUGUCUAUUGCACUAUCUGUUAAAAUAAAAUUAAUUAUUGUCUUUGAUACAA